AUGGUGGAUCAUGGCAAGAGUACCAAGAGGAAAAAGUUCCAUGAUAAGGAUAAAUACUACAAGUUGGCCAAAGAGCAAGGCUUGAGAAGUCGAGCCGCUUUCAAGCUGACACAAAUCAAUCGUCAACAUCCCAUCCUUGAUAGUCGCAAUACCAAGGUUGUCUUGGAUUUGUGUGCAGCUCCUGGAGGUUGGACUCAGAUUGCUUCCAGAAUUUGUGGAUCCAAAACCAAAAUCGUGGCCGUGGAUAUUUUGGCCAUUCGUAAUUUGAACAAGCCCAACAUUACUACCAUUGUCGGUGAUAUCACUACUGAAAAGUGCAAGGCUGAUAUUUCUCGUUCCAUUUCUCCACAUCCGGCUGAUGUCGUUUUGCACGAUGGUGCCCCCAACAUUGGUGCUUCCUACGAAAAGGAUGCCUACGAACAAUUGGAAUUGGCAGUGCACGCCUUGAGAUGUGCCACACAGCACUUGAAGAAAAACGGAUCCUUUGUCACCAAAAUUUACCGCAGUCGGGAUUCUGCCUCCUUUCAAUGGGUCGUGCAACAACUCUUUCGGGACGUCACGGUCUUCAAGCCAAAGGCCAGUCGUCAACAGUCUGCCGAAAUUUUCUACGUCUGUGAAGGAUACCUAAAGCCUGACAAGAUCGAUCCACGUUUGUUGGAUCCCAAGCACAUCUUUGAAUUUGUGGAGGGCGACACCACUGGUGGAGCCGGUCAAGUUGGAGACAAUUUCAAUGUCUUCCACAAGAGCUGGGACAAGCAAAAGCGUCAUCGAGAUGGAUACAAUACAGAGUUGUUGGACGGUACCAUGAGACAUAUUCAACCGGUGUCAGACUUUGUUUUUGCAAAGGGAGGUACAGAAGCUAUCAAAUUGCUCAGUUCCUGCACAGGAUUCACCUUUCGAAUGGACGAUAUCAACACCAUCUCGGACAAACACAACGACGAAGAUGAUGUCCGCGCGAAGCAAAACAAGUUUUUGUUGAAUAAUCCACUGACUACUCCAGAAAUUAAGGAGUGCAUUGUCGAUCUUAAGGUUCUCAACAAGGGUGACUUUAAGGGUCUCAUGUUGUGGAGAGAAAAGAUGGUAAAGACUUGGGAAGACAUGUACGCACCAAAAGCAAAAGUAGAAAAGGGGGAUGACAGUGAUGAUAGUAGUGAUGAAGACGAUGGAUCAGCUUCUGAAAAUGAGGAUGAGAUUCAGAAGGAAAUUUCAGAUCUUCGAAAGCGCAAGCUACGAGAAAAGAAGAAAGUCAAAAAGAAGGAACGCAAGCUUGCUGCCAAGAGGAGACGCCAAGCUGCCUUGGGAAUGGAUCUGAAUGCUAUCGAAGUCCAAGAAGACGAUAAAUUCUUUUCCUUGAAGACACUGCAGUCUGGCCAAGACUUGAAUCAAGUUUCCGAAGUCAACAUUGACAAAAUGACGGACGAGCAAGUCUUUGGAGCUGCCUCGGACGACGAAGAUGGCGAUGAGGACUUGAAGCAAAACCUUGAUAUUAGUGACGAAGAUGACAAAACUGCCAUCAAACUAAAACUGGAACUCGAGCUGGAUGCUGCAUAUGAUAGAUACUUGGAGAACACGAAGAAUGGUGCUGCCAAGAGUGGAACCAAGGCCUCCAAGCGUUCCAAGAAACUAAUGAGAGAAAAGUUGGCUCAAGAAUCUCACCAAGACCACGAGAUGCUUCUGCUAAAACCAGAACAAAUGGAUCAAGACACCAAGACCUAUGCUAAAAUGCUUGUCGGAAACGACGAUAGUGACAGUGACGGCGAUAGCAGUGACGACGAUGACGGCUUCCACGAUGCGCCAGUCACACCAGGCGAACAUGCCCGAAAGAAGCAAAAGACUGCUGCCGAUGACAGCAAUCCAUUGAUUCACAAGUUUGAUGAUGAAUCAUCUUCUGCGAAGACUACUCGUUGGUUUAGCAAUCCUCUGUUUGCAAGCAUGGGCGAAGUUGUGAACUCGGCUACCUCCGAAUCCAAGAAGGAGAAACAGGAAGAGGAAGAUAUCGAUGAUGUCAAUGAAAGCGAUGAUGAAAUGGAAGCCGAGACUCCGGUCGCCAAAGGAAAGAAAGCUUCAGGCGAGAAGGAAAAGAAGAAGGGCCCAGCACAGCGAGAGAAGCAGCCAAAGAAGGAGAAGAAAUCGAAACCUGGGCUCGAUGCCGAUGACAUCCUUGCAAUGAUGCCCAAGACGGACAAACAAAUUCGUCACGAGAAACGUCUGAAAGCCAAAGAGCGUGAUGGACGUCGACAAGUUCGCAAGGCAAAACGAAUGGGCGAAUCCGAUGGUGAUUUCGACAUCGCCGCAAGAGAUGAUGACGAUAUGGACGACGAUGCUAGCAUUGAUGAUAUUGCAGGCAUGACUCCUGCCAAGAAAGCGAAAAUACUGGAGGCAAGAAGGCUGAUCAAGGCUGGUAUGGGUGACAUGGGUGAUGGUGAUACCAAGAACUCCAAGUUCGAGGUUGUUGGACAAGGAUCGGCUUCGCUGCCAUUGAUGGACGAUCGCAACUAUGACUCCGACAACGAAGACUACGACAGUGACGAUUAUGCCAAGACAAUGGCACUCGGAACAAUGAUGCUGCGAAAGUCAAAGGCAAAGGCAUUGGUGGAUGCAUCCUACAACCGAUUUGCCUGGAAUGAUCCACCAAACUUGCCAGAGUGGUUUGUUGACAAUGAAAACCGGCACUACAGACCUCAGUUGCCAAUUCCCGAAGCUCUGUUGGCUAAGAUGAAGGAGAAACAACUUGCAUUGUCCACGAGACCUAUUGCCAAGGUUGCCGAAGCUCGUGCUCGUAAGAAUAGAAAGGCAAAACUAAAGCUCGCAGCAGCCAAGAAAAAGGCUGCAACUGUUGCCAACUCUUCUGAGAUGUCCGAAACAAUGAAACUGAAGUCGAUCAGCAAGGCUUUGAGAUCCAAUGAUAAUGGAAAGGGUAAGGAAUACGUUGUCGCCAAAAAGGGCGGUGGAACACGAGGUGUCAAGGGAACUAAGUUGGUUGACAAGAGAAUGAAGAGUGACAAGAGAUCGAUGGAUCGUGCCACGAAGAAGAAGAAGACUGGCAAGAAGGGAGGAAUGACAGGAUCAAAGAAGCGUCGCCAUCACAAAUAA